AUGAAAAUUGAAGAUAAUGACAAAAAGGUGGAGACAUGCAACUCGAGGGUCGACCAGAUACCGGGAGCACCUCCGAUUUUGAAAGGACUAGACUCGAAGAAGUUCGUGCAAAAACCAUUCCCCCAGAGUGCGGCUCCAAAGCCCAUCUCGAAGAAGUUUCGGAUGCCAGAUAUCUCAAAAUACAAUAGAACCAUUGAUCCCAACGAGCACAUUACCGCAUACACUUGUGGCAUAAAAGGAAACGAUUUGGAAGAUGAUGAGAUUGAAUCUGUCUUGCUAAAAAAUUUGGGGAAACUCUAUCUAAAGGCACAUGCCGGUGCCAUAAAAGUUUCAACAAGGAAGUUCGAUGUAUUCAAAAUAAAGCAAAGGGAGAACGAAAUGCUGAUGGAGUUUGUAUCCCGUUUUCAAUCAGAACCAAUGGAGUUACCACUAGUCUCCGAUGACUGGGCCGGGUCAAGAUUGAAUAAGGAAAGAUAUCAGCCAUACGUCGAGGAUCAAAGGAACAUUUCAAGGCGUAACUUACCUCAGAAUGAUCGAAGAGCAAAUCGAGGUCAAAGUUCCCGGGGACUCAUGAGCAAAACCGGGUUUGUUAGACACUUGGGACCAGCGGAGGCACCCCGAUUAUCGGAAUAUAACGUUAGCAUUGAUUCAUCGGGGAUCGUCUCAGCCAUUGGAAAAAUUAGAGAUACUAGAUGGCUCAAGCCUAUACAGACUGAUGCUUCUCAGAGGAACCCCAACUUGGUGUGCAAAUAUCAUGGUACUCAUGGGCACAGGACCAAAGAUUGUAGGCGGCUCAGAGAGGAGGUAGCCCGAUUGUUCAACGAAGGGCAUCUUCAUGAAUUUCUCAACGACCAGGCCAAGAGCGAUUUUCGAGAAAGGGAUGCAAACAUGAAGAAUGAGCCCGAAGAACCUCAACAUGUCAUUCACAUAAUUAUUGGAGGAGUCGACGUCCCAUAG